GAGAAAAAGGCAACGACCUCACGAAACGAGUGUACUCAUUCCUAACGGCGAGCAAGGGCACCGCAGAAACUGCCGAUCCUGUCGAAGCCGAGCUGGAAAAGUCAAUGGAAAUCUAUUGGCCAACGAUGUCGACGUGACGAGUAAUAACAUCUUUAAUGAGCAGUUUUGCCUAGCUGUGUCGACACCAGCGAGGGUUCUCAAACCGAUUGAUAGGGGAGAGGCUGCGAAAGAAUUGAGAAAUUGUCAUUGGGAACACGAGGAGGCCAUUUCUAAUCUCGAAAGUACAAAAGCUAGCUCGGAGCCAACAAAUGAAAAUUUGCAUAGAGGAUUACCGAUUUUGCAUACGGCGAAAAAAUCACAUAGUCCCUCAGGAAGCAUAGACAAAAGCAACAAUGGUGCCUCUGAAAUUAGACUAUUGAAAUCUAAGCUUGAGAAAUUUGCCGAUAAUGUUACAACCAAAUUAACAGAUCUCGCAUACAAAUUAAACAGCAUCAAAGAGAAUAGGCCAUACUCAAUCGCGGUGUUAGAAAACGUUAUUGAAGAGCUUAAGAAAGAGAAAGUUGAUCUAUGCAAAGCCAAUGAUGAACUCAGAAAGCAUAAUACUAGUAUGACAUAUACCAUAACGGAGCUGAGCAUAUCUAACAAGAAUCUUGAAAACGAGAAAUCAAGUUUACUAACAGCUUUACAGCUCAUACAAAAUGACUAUAAUCAGUCUAGCAUAAAGUCAAAUACCACAGAAAAGCCGUGGAAUAUUGUGAAUAAUCACAAGCCAAAUCAGAUUCAAUUAAAAUCAUCACAUAACUCCACCACUUAUAUGCCUGUCGUAAAGCCGCCUAUUAACCGAAAUGUUAUAAACUGUAGUUCUGUUAACAGAUAUGAAAUCCUUAGCGACAGCGAUCUAGCAGCGUCUGCCAAGAAUGAAGAGCCAAUCCUAACCCAUGAUGAACCUACCAUGCAACAGGAAAAAGUCAACACAAAUAAAAGCGCUACUAAAAAGCCAAUAGCAUCAUCAAAGAAAACAAGGAAAAUUGCCUCACCCAGCAAUGUCCCAGAUAAUUCCGCAAGUGCAAAGCAAAGUCAAGCGUCAUCUGAACCAAGUGCUACCCCGGUUCGCAGUACAAAAGCUAAGCGUAAUACCGUAAUCGUCGGCGAUUUGAUUAUCAAGUAUGUUAAAGGCUGGGAAUUGUCCAACGCGUCCGAGCGCGUUACAGUUAAGUCAUUCUCGGGGCGACGGUUGAUGACAUGAAGGACUUUAUCAAGCCAAUACUGCGAGAAAAAAACCAGAGAAACUAAUACUGCAUAUAGGAACUAAUGACCUACGUAGCACAGACUUAAAAGUUGUUGCUGAUAAAAUAUCCAAUUUGGUACAGACAAUCUACCAGCAGUGUCCUGAUAUCAAGGUCAUUGUUUCUGGAAUUCUUACUAGAAAAGAUGUCAAUGGCAUUGCAGACAGGGUAAGACAAACAAAUUCCUUGAUUAAAUCCUCAUGUUGUGAAAAUGGUUGGGUAUUUAUAGAGAACUCCAAUAUAAAAGGACUCUCAUCUGAAUUCCAGAGGUUUACACUUAAAUCCCUCUGGUAGUUUGCUAUUACAAAACAAUUUUAAAUUAUUACUUAGAAGUUGACUGUGUGAAAAUGUGAGUGCUAAUUCUCAAAAUUCUACAUCCAACCCAUUUCCUAAUUGUGCAAAUUCUAGGGGGUUUAAGAUGGCUUUACUUAAUAUAGCCAGCUUAAUACCUAAACAUGUUGAGGAAUUACGCAUAUAUAAACUCUUUUCAAAUUUAGAUUUAUUUGCUUUAAAUGAAACCAGAUUAGACAAUACGGAUGGCUUAGUAAAUAUCAGUGGCUACGAUAUAGUCAGGAAAGAUCGAUCUCGCCGAGGGGGUGGUGUAUGUAUAUAUCUCCAUACUUCUAUUAACUAUAAAAUUCGAAAUUAUCUGGUUCCGGAGAGUAUCGAAGCGGUCUGUUUGGAGAUUUGCAAACCAAAUAGUAAAAGUUUUAUUGUUGUAUCUGUUUAUCGCCCACCAGAUUCCACUUCUGAGUUCUUUGUUGAUUUUGAAAAGAUGAUCAAAUCGAUUGAUGACGAAAACAAAGAACUGCAUAUCUUAGGGGAUUUAAAUUGUAAUUUGCUUAAUACUGUUUCUGAUCAACCAACUAAAACCUUGAAAGCUAUAUUAAAAAUAUACCAGUUAUCUCAACUUAUUACUGAGGCGACACGAAUAACAAAUAUUUCUUGUACACUUAUAGAUCACUAUAUAACAUCUAUGCUAGAGAAAAUUAAUUCGACUGGCAUAAUUCAUAUGGGAAUUAGUGAUCACAGCUUAAUUUAUGGUAUAAGAAAAAUCAAUCCCAUUGUGUCUACACGCAAUAUGACCAGGAAUGUUGAGGUCAGAAACAUGAAAAGGUUUAACCAUAACUCUUUUAGACAGGAUCUUCUAGCUCAGCCAUGGGAGCAAAUUGUUCUGGAAUCAUAUACUGAUUCCAUGUGGGCCCUUUGGAAAAAGUUAUUUUUGGAAGUCUUGGAUAAGCAUGCCCCUGUUCAGCGUAUUAAAAAAAGAAAAUCUGGCGUUCCAUGGCUGACUGGGGAAAUUAAAAAAAUCAUCUUUGAAAGAGAUAAAUUAAAGCAUGAGGCAAUGGUGACUGGUUCCCGUGCUGCUUGGGAUAAGUACAAAUCAACUAGGAAUAAGGUCAAUAUUGCCCUACGACAAGCUAAAACAGAUUAUUUUCGCACUAAAAUAUCAAAUCAAAAUAAUAAUCCGAAAGAGGCUUGGAAGAAAUCAAUAAUAAACUUACUCGGUCGUUCUCCAGGUAAUACCGUUGUUAAUGAAUUAAAGUUUAAUGAUACAAAAAUUACCUCACCUGAAGAAAUUGCCAAUACUUUUAUAAAUAUAUAUUUUACUGACAUUGGCCCUAACUUAGCUAGUUCUAUUGAUGAUACUGACAUUACGUUUGAUCGUUUCGUCAAACCAGCUACAUAA